AUGGCGUCGAUGAUUCUUCUUAAACGUGGAAGCGAUAAUGAGGCCCGUCUGUUCGCACAAUUCGACCAGACGGCAACUGACCUUUCAGGUUGUGGGCUUUGGCGAUGUGCUGGACGACAACACCUCCUUGCAAAGAAUGGUAAUCUUUCGCCAUAUAACAGUGCGUCUCAUAUAGCUCGUAGCAAACAGACUCGCAUACGCGGCCCCAAGGCUGAAGAUAUCUAG